CAGCUGAAGAAUGUGUAUAUGUUGAUAUAUAAAAGAAGCCACUUCAGAUCAAACAAACAUAUCUUAGAGAAUCUCCAGGUGUCUCAGAAGAUACUACUGAACAAAACACCAGUCAUGUCUGGAGUCAAGGGAGGCCGCAGCCACUGCCAUCAGAAGACUUACUGCCCAGAUCCAUGCCAGUCACAAGUUGUCUGCAAAGAUCCUUGCCACCCACAAGUUGUCUGCAAAGAUCCAUGCCAUCCACAAGUUGUCUGCAAAGAUCCAUGCCAGCCACUAGUUGUCUGCAAAGAUCCUUGUGAACUAGCAAUAUGCCAGGACCCCUGCCAACCUGCCCAGCAUUACCAUUGCAACACUGUGCACUGUACCCAAAAAGUUCACUGUGACCCUUGCAACCCCUGCAAUCCUUGUCAUCGCUAUGGAAAGUACUGAGUGUUGCCACCUUUUGAGCAGGACCUGAUCAUUCAUCAGUCCAACAAAUGCCUUUAGUUCUUCCAGUCCUCUACUGUUUGCUUAUCCUUUCAUAGCUGUCUUAGUACCAAUUGCUUGUCUUCUGAAUGUAUCUAUUCAGCAAUGAAUUCAAAAAUGAAGAAAACAGCAGCACU